UCAGCGCUUCUCUGAUUUAUCUAGGACUCUACUUGAAAUUUGCUUCACUUUUUUCAACUGGGAGUUAUUAGUCGUAGUAUAUAAAAGUCUGUGCAUAUUGCACUGUACUACAGUAUUACACGACGAGAUUGUCGAGUUAUCGUUGGUAGUAGCCGAAGCUUUGUCGAAUUUCAUGGAUGAAUGAUUGAGAUACGGAACGGAUAGAGCGGUGGGUAGAGUGGACGUACAGUAGUGGAUAUAACCGUUUGUCGUGUGGAUCCAUAAGAACGACAGCGACGACGAAAAUGAGUGAGCUCGUUUGGGGUAUAAAAAACGGCGAUCUCGAGCAAGUGCGAGACAUCGUCGAAAACAAGAACAUUGAUGUAAAUCAAAUGAUUGAUGGAAGAACGCCACUACAUUAUGCAGCAGAUUAUGGUCAAAGCGAAGUUGUCAGAUAUUUAUUGGAGAAAGGAGCAAAUGCCAAUGCUACAGAUAAGCAUGGAAUCACGACGUUGUUAGCAGCGAUCUGGGAAGGGCAUACGAACUGUGUAAAACUGCUGCUGGAAAAAGGCGCUAAACCAGACGGUUUAACACCAGACGGUACGAGCUAUCUGGAUGCAGCCGAGAAAGAUGAAAUUAAACUGCUCCUGAAACUCCACUAGCAUAAAGCCAAACAGAAUGCGGAAUCAUAAUUUUGUUACUUUAGUGUUAAUGUUCCUCCUUAUAGAGAGAGACUAUUCUACCAGCUUUGUUUUGAUUUUUCGCCUAUGAUGACUAGAAUAUGUCGUAUUUAAGCACUUUAAAGUAAAUGAAGAUAGGUACAUGGAUGAUGUUUUAUAAUAAUAAUAAUAAUAAUAAUAAUAAUAUACUGCAUGUCGAGAGAUUGUAUAAUGAAGUGUUCUCGCGAUAAUUCUUCUUAUGGUUCUAAAUAUAAGUUGCAGACUUAUCAUAACAAGAUAUUCUUUCGUUGCUGGAACAAGUUACGAAAGUUGAUUUAGUUUAAACUUGCAAUCGUAUAUAUACACACGCGCGCGAGCGCACGCACACGCACGCACGCACGCACGCACGCACGCACACAUAUACAUAAUGUAAUUUUGAUAUAUAUAAUAUAUAUAUUUUGAUCUAUUCUAUAAGGCGGUACAUAUUGUUUGUUAUUAAUUUAUAAAAAUCAAAACUUUUUUAUACAUUUUUAUGUCAUGAUCGCUUGAAGCAUGUUAUUCCAUUUUAAAUCCGAUAUUUUUGUGGCGGCGAUAGGGUCCUUAUACUCUAAAGUAGUUAAAAUGCUAAAACUCCUUUGAAAUACCUGUGUGCUGAGUUGAAUUUUGAAUGAUGUAUGUAUAAAUUGCAAUAAAGUAGUAUGAUUGCAAUGCUAACAAUGUGUAAUGUGUCUAAUGGAUACUAAGAAUGUACAACAAUCAAAAGUAAUAAGCAAAUACAAAUACACAUCAUUGUUAUGAA